AUGGUUCAUGCGGACCCUGAUGUAUCUGUAGCGGCUAUUAUUGAAGCUAUUCAUGGUUUUACAAAUUAUCGGGUAAAAUAUGGAAAGGCUUGGAGGGCUAAGCAGCAUGCUAUAGCAAUGUUGUGGGGCGACUGGAAAGAGGCGUAUGGAAGGGUACCAAAAAUAUUAAAUGCAAUUGCACACUUCAACUCGGGGACAAAGUGGUGCAUUCAUAGCACAGGCAGGCAAGAGAUGCACAAGGGUUCCAUGAGGCUUGUAAUGAAACGUGCAUAUUGGUGCUUCCCACAAUGUGUAGAGGCAUUCAAGCAUUGCAAACCUGUUAUAAGUGUGGAUAGCACGUUUCUUACCGGGAAGUACCGCGGGGCAUUGUUGAUUGCAACAGGCAUGGAUGGUGAGGAUCGUUUGAUCCCGCUAGCAUUUUCUUUGGUUGAGGGUGAAAACAACGACAGCUGGUCAUGGUUCUUGCAUUUGAUCCAUAGAGAUGUUGUUGGACAGGAUCGUAAGGUGUGCAUUAUCUCGGACCGGCAUCAAGGAAUUCUUAAUGCAGUUGAGGACCACAUGGAAGGCUACCAUCCAAUUGUGCAUAGGUGGUGUAUGAGACACUUCGCAGCCAUUGUGGAGUACACGUUCUACAAGGUGAAUUCAUACUUUGUGCAUAGAUGGGAGAAAGCAAACCAGCAAAUAGCUUCUAGGCCAAACCAAGAUCUAUAG